GAAAAAGUAGGGCUUGCAAGAUCCACCUUUGAAACACAUACACAUUCUCCUUUUUCUUUCACUCUCCUCAACUCCACGGCCACACACCGAGGAGUUUGAGAAACCCUAAAAAAAGCCUCCAAAAAAUUCUCUCGUCCUUCUCACUAAAUCCUUCAAUCAACCUUUCAAUUCAGUCAUGGCAGGCGCUGCACCAGAAGGUUCCCAGUUUGACACUCGUCACUUUGAUUCCAAAAUGAACGAGCUACUUUCUACUGAUGGACAGGAUUUUUUCACAUCGUAUGAUGAAGUUUAUGAUAGUUUUGACGCUAUGGGUUUGCAAGAAAAUCUUUUAAGAGGCAUCUAUGCAUAUGGUUUUGAAAAACCAUCUGCAAUUCAGCAACGGGGAAUUGUUCCAUUCACCAAGGGUCUCGACGUAAUUCAGCAAGCUCAAUCAGGAACAGGAAAGACCGCAACCUUUUGCUCCGGCAUUCUUCAACAACUUGAUUAUAACGUAGUUGAGUGUCAGGCUUUGGUUUUAGCUCCAACGCGUGAACUUGCACAGCAAAUUGAGAAGGUUAUGCGCGCCCUAGGUGACUACCUUGGUGUUAAGGUUCAUGCUUGUGUUGGUGGGACCAGUGUUCGUGAGGAUCAGCGGAUUCUUUCAGCUGGGGUCCACGUUGUUGUUGGUACUCCUGGACGUGUUUUUGACAUGCUUAGGAGGCAGUCGUUACGUUCUGAUUAUAUCAAAAUGUUUGUGUUGGAUGAAGCUGAUGAAAUGCUUUCAAGAGGUUUCAAGGAUCAGAUCUAUGAUAUCUUUCAGCUGUUACCUUCAAAGGUCCAGGUCGGUGUGUUUUCUGCAACUAUGCCACCAGAAGCUCUAGAAAUCACAAGAAAGUUUAUGAACAAACCUGUAAGAAUUCUCGUGAAGCGUGAUGAAUUAACCCUAGAAGGUAUCAAACAAUUUUAUGUCAAUGUCGAAAAAGAAGAGUGGAAGCUCGAAACUCUAUGCGAUCUUUACGAAACUCUAGCAAUUACCCAAAGUGUCAUUUUUGUCAACACCCGGCGAAAGGUUGACUGGUUGACCGACAAAAUGCGUAGCCGAGACCACACAGUCUCCGCCACUCACGGUGACAUGGACCAAAACACCCGUGACAUCAUCAUGCGAGAAUUCCGUUCGGGUUCCUCACGUGUUCUGAUCACCACUGAUCUUUUGGCACGUGGGAUUGACGUACAGCAAGUGUCACUUGUGAUCAAUUAUGAUCUUCCAACUCAGCCUGAAAACUAUCUUCAUCGUAUUGGACGUAGUGGUCGGUUUGGGAGGAAGGGUGUUGCGAUCAACUUUGUGACUUUAGACGAUGAACGGAUGCUUGCGGAUAUUCAGAAGUUUUAUAAUGUGGUGGUUGAGGAAUUGCCAUCUAAUGUUGCUGAUCUGAUUUAGAAAAGAUUUUGAGAUGUUUGGUUUGUUUGUUUGUUUUGUUAUAAGUAAGAGAUCAAAAGUUAGAACUUUUUUUAAAUCCUUUGGUUUUGGCUGUUUUAAGUUAUUUAUUAUUAUUAUUGUCAUGACUCUGGCCUUUGGGUGUUAUAAGAUAUUUGAAACUUAUGUUUGUACCCUAAAUUUUCAAGUGCAAGUAUUUCUGUAA